AGCAAAGACUUCAACUCGACGAAGGCGUAGGCCGAAGUCUUCUCAUAGUUCUGUACGAAGAUGAAAGCGCCUUCUGCACCGUCUCUCGCGUCAAAAAAGGAUGGUCUUCUAUCGCAGUUCGAUGUGUACUGUGUGCGCAAGCCCAGGCCCACCCUGAACGACACUUCGAAGAGCCUACCGCUACUUCCUGAGCAGUCUUCGCUUCCGCUGACGUACAGGGAUGUGGUAGCAGAGCUGGAGAGCGACAAUUGGUCGUUUGCACCGUACCCGCGGUGCGACCGUGGCCAGCUGCUGCAGGUGCACGCCUACUGGGUGGCUGUGCCAAAGCGAUGCCAGGAGAAAAAGAUUUCGGCAGCUCAUUUGGAGAGGAUUGACGAUUCAUCGGACAUGGGCUCGUCGGUCGCAGGUGUGCAGGGGUUGGGUUGUGAGAACAACGUAGGCGCAAACCGCAAAGUAGCCGUGGAAGAUCUUUCUCAACCAGCGCGCCUGCCUUUUUCUUCCGCACUACCGCAACAAGGAGAGAACACCGCUUCGUCAACGCCGCGCUUCAGUUGUGUGGUGGGUGUAGUGUGGGUGCGCCUCUCCCCGAAAGCGCCGAGGCUGCGGACGCACCCUUCACACCACGAAAGCUCUACAGAGGCGGCAACGGCGCAAGCGACUGGGCAACGGCGAGUGGAAGGCUACCUGCAGGUGGUCCUUACACACCCCAACUAUCGCCGGCAGGGAAUGGCGUCGUGGCUGCUGCGGACGUGUCUGGCAGACACAACGACACCCGCGGCUGUGUUUGCAUCCCACACGGACAAUGGAGAGCACUACGCGAUUCAGCGUUGGCGCUUACACACACUGAUGGCGCCAACGAUAGCGUCAAAAGCGAAGCACCGCCGUCUCGAUGGACGACACAAUGAAAAUAUCAACGCAACGGAGAAAGACAGCGACGCUGCCAUUGUCAAGGCAACACUCUCCAUGUAUCGCCAGCUAUGCUUUACGGAGCGCCGUUUCCUGUACAAGUACUAUGGAGGACAGCAAGACGCCGUGGAACUCAUCAAAGAGUGCCCAUAG